CGGCCUGGCACAACUGCUGACUAAUCGGCAGGCGGGAUCACGCGCCUGUGUGUGCGCGCAGCGGGCUCGGGGCACCUAGGUCUCGGCCUAGUGCGGGCGGCCAGGCUACCGGGCGGGCCCCCCACCUCGGUUUUCCAGGAAAACUCAGGCCCAAGAAAUUGAGUACUUCCCCUAGAGUUACAAAGCUGAAUCCGACCCAGACCCCGGGACUCCCCUCUCUGUGCUCCACCCGGAAGCUUCUCCACUGUCCUUGAUUUCCCAUUCUGUCCUCCUGGCUUCCCAGUAAGAGUCACUGACACGGUGGACAAACACAGACAAACAUUAGCAUGGCAUGGCGGGCGAGGACUCUGAAGAAACCAGGGUCCAUGUGGGAGAAGUAGGCGUGUCACGCCUUUCUGAGGAUGGGCGUGGUUUCACCGCUGAAGCUUAUGGCUGGCGGCAGGAAUGGAAGGGAGCGGGGAGCCGGAUGUGUAGCCGCCAGUUUCCCAUUUGAUGUAAAAUCACCUCCUUCAGAUAUGGUUGGAGGAGUGUUACCGGCUUGCCUAUGAUGUAUGAGACCCUAGUUUCCAUUCCUAUCGCCAAGAAAGAGAAGAGACUGGUCCAGAGGACUCGAGGCCCAGUUCUGUAUGUCCAUGGACCUGUCCCUUAGUGCCCAGGGAUGGAAUGGUUGUGAGAAGGUGCAAGAGGAAGCUUCAUUUUAGGUGACCCUGCCUCCAGUACUGGGAAACAAAUCCAGCUGCCUAUGUAUGGCUAGCAUCCAGCCUCAGGACCACCUUUGACCACCAUCAACAAAGCUAUGCAUGCCUGGGACCCCCCUGCCUCACUGUCCCGGGCACUACCCCUCGCUUCCUCGGUCCUGAUGCUGCUGCUGAGCUGCCUGUGGUUGCUGGGGGCUGGCCCCAGCCUCAGGUUGGCUCCAGAGCUGCUAACGGAACCCUGGCAGGUGCACCGGCUGCUGACCCAUGCUCUGGGCCACACUGCACUGCCUGGCCUGCUCCUGAGCCUGCUGCUCCUGCCCACUCUGGGCUGGUGGCAGGAGUGUCAUCUGGGCACUCUGCGCUUCCUGCACAACUCCGCCGUGCUUGCCCUGGCUACUGGGCUGCUGGCUGUGCUGCUGGCAGGCCUUGGCCUGUCCAGUGCAGCUGGAGGCUGUGGAUAUAUGCCUGUCCAUCUAGCCAUGCUGGCAGGGCAGAGUUACUACCCAGGAUGGCCUCAGAGGACCCUGCCACCAUGGCUGCUACCAUGGCUGCUGCUGGCCCUGACCCUGCUGCUCAGCUCUGAGCCACCCUUCCUGCAGCUCCUUUGUGGCCUUCUUGCUGGCCUAGCCUAUGCCGCUGGGGCCUUCCGGUGGCUGGAGCUCUCAGAGCGGAGACUGCAGGUGUUACAGGAAGGUGUCCUUUGCAGGACUCUGGCCGGGUGCUGGCCACUGAAACUCCUUCCCACCCCAGGCAGUCUGGGUGAGCUGCCUGUCACUUAUCCUGCUGGAGUAAGGCCUGCCACCCCUAGACCUCCUUACCUGGCUUCCUCAAGCUCCUGGCCUCACACUGAUGGCUUUGCUCAGCUUCCACCAGGCCUGGGGCCUGGACAGCUGACCUGGAAGAACUCGGAGAGGGACUUGGACUGGGCUGGGCCCAGCUUUGCUUCAGCAACACCGAUGUGGGCAGCCCUAGAUGAGCAAAUGCUACAGGAAGGGAUCCAGGCCUCACUUCUUGAUGUGUCAGUCCAGGGUUCCCAGAACACUCUGUGGUCACCAAAGCCCUCUGUGUCUUCUCUAAGGCUUCAGCAGCUACAGCAUAUGGGAUUCCCCACUGAGCAGGCUGCGGUGGCCUUGGCAGCUACAGGGCGUGUAGAGGGGGCAGUGUCCCUGCUGGUGGAAGGGCUAGUGGAUACCGAGGCCCUAGUGACUGAGGAGAGGAGUGGUCCAGCCCACUGCAAGGACACUGGGGUCUCAUAGUCUAAGAAGAGAGUAGACCUGGCCUGAGUCCUUACCUGGUCUCCUGAGGGCUUGGUGGGGUCUUGAAAGCAUCCUGGGGCAGGAGCAGGCCCCACCAUGUUCCCCUGGUACUUUGUAAGAAUAAAAGCUGGUGUGCUUUUCAA